UGCUGUUUGUUCUGACAUGAUUAUUAUGAUUAUGUCUCAUUUUACCUACACAUUUUGUACUUGGAAGUUGGAAAGAGGAGCUAGCUAGUUCAACUUCAGAGUUAGAAGACCGCAGAAACAGCGGCAGUUGAACUGACAGGCCUCUUGAUGGGCCUGGCCCGUGCCGCGUUAUGAUCAACCUGUAUAGAUUUGUGGCCAGGGUUGGGUCACUGUGCUCGAACAUCCAUGCGUACGCCGUCAACUUCUCCUUUUCGGCUCGAAACCUCAGGUUUGGCAGGAGUUUCUUGACUGCUUCGUUGGUGCAAGGCCGACCACGCAGUGGACAAUACUGUGCACGGUAUACAGCUGUCCUAUCGGCUGCUGCAUUGAUUCCCUCCACAGUUGCCUUCGGUGACAAUAGUAAAGCCGAGCGACUAUGGCUGUCCGCAUGUCAGGCAAUCCGGGACGACAACCCGCGCCUAUUGCGCCGGAUUCUCUCAGAGAUGAAGCAAGACGGUCUUGGUGUCGAUGAGCAACACCCGCUGGGAUGGACACUGCUGCACGUUGCUGCAGCAGAGCAAUCUACAAGUUGUGUUCAAGUGCUAAUCGAUGCUGGAGCUGAUGUGGACGCAGUGGACGAGUACUCCGGUUCCAUCGACAUGUCGGCGUACGCCAAGUAUGGUGUCCUGCGUGAAGACCAGCACGCGGCCAAGGAGCGUGCAGAGCACUUCUGUCGGCGUAUCGCGCCGCGGGUGGAUGCACGCGGACUGACUGCGCUGCACUAUGCCUUGAUCAUGGACAGCGAGCGAGUGGUCAGACUACUGCUGGAUGCUGGUGCUGACCCGAACUCCGCCUCGCGACAAGGUCAUCAGCCAAUACACUUGGCCGAGAGCAAAGGCGUGCAGUCAGCUAUUAUAGAAGCACAAGGCAUGUAUGGAAAGCGCCGACAAGCCAGGGAGAAAGAGCGCCGGCGGCUUCAUCCGCUGGAGGAAUUUCUUCAUGAGCGUCUUGUCGGCCAAGAUAAUGCCAUCAAUGUCGUUAGUGCCGCGGUGCGGCGAAAGCAAAGUGGCUGGCACGAUCUUGAUCAUCCUCUGGUCUUUUUGUUCCUUGGCUCAUCCGGCAUCGGAAAGACAGAGCUGGCAAAGCAAGUAUCACAAUACCUACACAAGGACAAGAAGGAUGCUUUCAUCCGCUUUGACAUGUCCGAGUACCAGCAGAAACAUGAAGUUGCGAAGUUCAUUGGAUCUCCUCCAGGCUAUGUUGGUUACGAUCAAGGCGGGCAGCUGACAUCGCGUCUGCAAAAGUUCCCGGAAGCUGUUGUUCUGUUUGAUGAGGUUGAGAAAGCCCAUCCCGAUGUAUUGACAGCACUUCUUCAGCUGUUUGAUGAGGGGCGCUUGACGGACGGGCAGGGCAAGACGAUUGACUGCAAGAAUGCCAUUUUCAUCAUGACCUCGAAUUUGGCAGCGGACGAGAUUCGCUCUCAUGGUGUUGAGCUGCGCAAGGAAGCUGCUGGCCAGGAGCAGUUACAACAAACCCGGCAGAAAGCGAGAGAAGUAAAAGAAAGCGUAUCGGUGUCUCGCGAAUUUCAGGACAAGGUCGUUCGUCCGAUUCUCAAGCGCUUCUUUGGCCGUGACGAGUUCUUGGGACGUAUCAACGAGACCGUCUACUUUCUACCGUUCAGCAACUCUGAGCUACUGCACCUGACAGAGAAGGAGUUGAAGACAUGGGCCAAGCGUGCUAACGAAAGGCACAAGAUCAGCUUGUCGUGGGACGAGAGCUUGCCUGCUGUGCUUGCAGACGGCUAUGAUUCUCACUAUGGGGCUAGGUCUCUCAAGUACGAGGUGGAGAGGCGUGUGGUCAACUUACUUGCUGCCGCCGACGAACUCAACAUGUUGAAGGAAGGUUGUUCAGUGCAUGUUGAGGUGCAGGACCACCGUCCUUCUGACCAACAGACAUCCCUUCUCCCCAGGUUUUCCAUCACGGGCUCUCCGUCCCCGCCAUCGUCGUCACCAAAGCAGGAGCCCGAGAGUUCGUUCCGCGGUAAACAGCUGAGACUGCGUAUUCGAGACGGCAGCGGAGUAUCCGACGGUGCUGAGCGCUACUUCAACGUAUAGCUAUCAUGGUUAUAGAGGCCUGGACUCAUCUAGGGUCCACCAGGCUCUUUAGAACUUACUUGAUCCUUGAAACCAUUGUGUUUUCGCAACCGUAGCCUAGCGCUGGGGAAACAUGGUCGGGUUCACGUGUUGUCUCUGCUCCCUCUCUCAGUGCAAUUACGUUGCUCUUUGACGAUUUAUCAUUGACCCUGGACAGUGAGGCGACUCAGCACAAUCUUGCGGGACUCGGUUUCUACCCGUGCCGGGUCGAAACGAUUUCUGCAUGUUGUGGACUUUGUGGUAACCCCGCGCACAGAACGUUCACACAAACGGUCACCGGUGCACCAGCAUCAGAUCAUCAACCAUCGCCGCCGUGAUACUGACUGAUCCCUGUGAUAAAAAAAAACCAGCUGACAGACAGUGACAUUGACAGUCACACACAGCAGACUGACAGGAUCGCUUGAAAUACAUGAUUGUGGUUGUGGUCAAACCCAUCAGUUCUGCAUCAGUUCUGCAUCAGUUCUGCUCAUGUGUAGAUCUACAGUUGAAGCAAGGUGCUGCACUCUCUGUACAGUGGACUCCAGUCCGGUCCAUCUCUCCGUGUCAGUGUACUACUAUACUAUACCAAGAAGAAAACCGUGUUUUCAUGUACUCUUGAAUACUGAUAGUACUGUGUGGGGCCCGCUCCAGCUGGCUCUCCGUGUUGUAGGGACCGCUCCAGCAGCAAGGGAAGUGUGAUGUCUCCGUGGCGCAAUCGGUUAGCGCGUUCGGCUGUUAACCGAAAGGUUGGUGGUUCAAGCCCACCCGGGGACGCUCGUUCUUUUUUUUUCUUUCUUUCUUUUCCAAUACCAGUACUUAGUACACAGGCCACGAUAUUUUCAGAAGCUGUUCUUGUUUUUGCAUGUUCACAGAUCUGUUUUGGCUUUUCUGGUCAGUUAUGUUUGCUCUUGUUCUUUCUGCAUUAUGACAUCCCUUCUUUCAGACCUGCUGAAUGCUUAUCAAUUAUCAUGCUCUCGUUCAUCUAGCUGUUGUACUAGCUGGCUAGUGCAAGACUACGUCCAUUAGCGCUCACGGUAGAUUAUUUUGAAUACACAGAAAGGGCUGGGCCCCUGGACGGCUGUUUUAU